UAUACAAUAGAUUCAAACUUUAUGAAGUGAUUUUUCAUUUAUUUAGCUAUUGUCUUUUACAGAUAUUGAAAUCUAUGAUAAUAUCAAGCUUAUUAAUUUUGCCACGUUUGCUGUAUUUUGGGGUCAUAUGACUGCAGCAUAUGAAGGUAUUGGAGUGGUAGUACCAAUAGAGUCUAGUAUGAAAGGAAAUCGUCACAACUUCUCUGCAUUUCUCCAUGGUGGAAUUAUUCUUCUUACUUUUAUCCUCGGUGCAUUUGGUAUAAUAGGUUACCUUCACUAUGGCGAUAGUGUGAGCCAGAUGAUAACAGAGAACUUUCCUGAUGAUGAUUCUGUGGUAAUUAUUGUCAAGGUUACUGUGUGUAUUGGUAUAUUGUUCACCUAUCCAUUACAAAUGUUUCCUGUGAUUGAAAUAUUUGAAGGUAUAUUGUUUACACCACGUGCUGUUGGUAGUUCUUUAUUGGCAUAUAUACUACCAUGUGUUUUUCAUUUAAAACUUCAAUGGAAUCAACUCAGUAAAGGAAUUAUUGUGAAGGAUCUUAUCAUCAUUGUUGUUGGCACUGUUGGUGGCAUUAUUAGUCUCAUUGUUGUGAUUCAACAGUUUGUACUCAUGAGACAAUCAGAAUUUUAA